AGAGAGAGGGAGAGAAGGGAGGCUAGAAAAAAGACAGAGAGGAAAAAGUUGGAUCUGAUUUGCUGGAAUCGCGGCGGAGCGACUGAAUGUGGAAGGUUUCCUCUCAGCUCUGGCUGGAAGCUUUUAGCAGAGGGUGACUGAUCCUCUGCGCUCUGCGCGCUGCGACUAAAUACGCACAGAGAGAGACACAGGACGCGCAGCUCCAACUUGCUUCUUCUCUUAUUUUUUUUAUUUAUAUUUUUUUGCAGCUCCUUCAUAUAUAUAUAUAUAUAUAUAUAAAUAUCUCUGCGGUGGCGACAAUCUGUGGAUCGCAACUCUUCAUGGAUAUUGUUGGAUAAUUUCUAUCCGGAUCGCGCGCUCACACGCUCCCUCUCUCUGUUCGGUGCGCACCGGUGGGUCCAGGACGAUGGAGUGAUCGGAGGAAUAAGUCCACCUACAAUCACUUUUCUCCCCCCCCCCUUCCCCUUCCUUCCCCGGCUCGACAUGUAUUCGCCGAUUUGUCUAACUCAGGAUGAAUUUCAUCCCUUCAUCGAGGCGCUGCUACCUCAUGUCCGCGCCAUCGCCUACACGUGGUUCAACCUACAGGCCCGAAAACGCAAGUACUUCAAGAAGCACGAGAAGAGGAUGUCCAAGGAUGAGGAGCGUGCCGUCAAGGACGAGCUCCUGAGCGAGAAGCCCGAGGUCAAGCAGAAGUGGGCCUCCAGGCUCCUGGCCAAGCUUCGGAAGGACAUUCGGCAGGAGUACCGGGAGGACUUCGUCCUCAGCGUGACGGGCAAGAAGCCGCCGUGCUGCGUGCUGUCCAACCCCGACCAGAAGGGCAAGAUCCGCCGGAUCGACUGCUUGCGGCAGGCCGACAAAGUCUGGCGCCUGGACCUGGUGAUGGUCAUCCUCUUCAAGGGCAUCCCUCUGGAAAGUACAGACGGCGAGCGCCUCGUCAAGUCUCCACAUUGCACCAACCCAGCACUUUGUGUCCAGCCUCACCACAUAACAGUAUCAGUCAAGGAGCUGGACUUGUUUCUAGCAUACUAUGUCCAGGACCAAGACUCGCAGCAGUCAGGAAGUCCCAGCAACAAUGAGCCAGGCAAAACCCCUCUUCCAGUGUAUUUGGAGGACAGCUUCAUCAAAUCAGGAGUUUUCAGUGUUGCAGAGCUGGUGCGAGUCUCCAGAAUGCCGAUCACCCACGGUGCAGCGGUACCCUUCUCCAUGGCUGACAUGCCCAGCCAACCCUACUAUCAUGACCUGAACCCCAGCGUGGCACUGCAGCGCUCCCUGUCCUCUCCGCCCGGCAGGUUGGUCAAAAGGCCCAAAACCAACAUGGAGGAAAACAUGGACACCAGCCCCACUGGACCCGAUUUCUACUCGUCACCCAACUCACCAGCCAGCCGGGCAAACUGGCACGACAGAGAUGGAGAGAUGUCCUCUCCCACAAUGAAGAAGCCGGAAAAGCCGCUGUUCAGCCCCACUUCCCCACAGGACUCCUCGCCGCGACUCAGCACUUUCUCUCAGCCUCAUCACCCAGGCCUAUCAGGCGUGGGACACAGUGUUAUAUCAUCCAGGAGCCCCCCUUCACACUCGCCCCUGCAGUUCUCAGCCUCGGCCAUCCUGCCCCCGGCACCGUCGCCCUACUUCUCGCACCCCACCAUACGGUAUCCACCUCACCUCAACCCCGCAGAUCCCCUCAAGAGCUACGUGCCAUCGUACGACCCGUCCAGCCCGCAGAGCAGCCAGCCUAACAGCAGUGGUCAGGGGGUUGGAAAGGUUCCGGGCCAUUUUACCCCAGUUCUGGCUCCAUCCCCGCACCACGGCCCAGUGCGACCAGUUACGCUCACAAUGCCUGACACUAAGCCCAUCACCACAUCUUCAGAGGGCUACUCAACCCCUGGCACCCCGACAUCCAAUCGUUUUGUAGGCCUGAGCCCUAGAGAUCCAGCCUUUCUCCACCAGCAACAGCUGAGGAAGUGUGACUGGAGCGUGACUCAAAACGGCAGGCAUUAUGGCCCCAGUGCCACUGACGACACUUUGGGGAUUACUUGGCAAAGUCCUGGUACCUGGGCGAGCUUAGUUCCAUUCCAAGUGUCGAACGGGACUCCGAUUCUGCCAACAAAUGUCCACCAGAACUACAGCAUAAACAUCAUUGGUGAACCGCUGGUCCCUGCUGAGAGCGGGAACUGAGCAGGCAGAGCGCUGGACCCACCUCCUCCCUUACCCAGGGUGGAAGAGUGGUGGAGAGCUAGCACUACAGGUGUCUGCAGCCAUGGAUGAAACCAGCAAAGCAGCAGGCGCUGCAUAAACCCCUCCUCCUCAUCCCAUCUCCUUUUCUUCAGCCUCCUACUCCCAGUCUCGCCUCCUCCAUCUUCUCGCUCCCACUCCUCAUCCUCCUGAUGAUGAUGGACAAUGGCCCUGAAGUGAAGAUGAUGAGUGGGACGGCUCAGAGGAAGGAAGAAAAGCUUCAGGUCUGAUGUCUUCUCGCACACAUCCACCAACCCACCCACCAAUCAGUUGUUGCGUUUGCAGGACUUUGUUCAAUCCAUCUGAAUACUGUGAUGUAUAGAUGCCUUAAUGUUUAAUUGCAUGACACUCUAGACUCUUUAGCCGUAAUUCCUACUUAUUGUUCUACGUCAGAGGAAGGUGAAAACCAUUUUGAACGGCCCACGCCGCAUGCACGCUCAGUCGAAGGGGUUCUGCAGACAAAUACCUGCCUGGUGGAUGGCUCAGAGACUGAACGGAUGAACGAUUCACUGUGUACACCGUAGGAACAAAAACAUGAAAAAAAAUUGUGAAUUCAGAGUGUUUUUUUUUCUUCUUCCGUUUGAUUUCAGUUUACUGUGAUAUGACUUUGUUUUUAAGGAAAAAAAAUGUGUUGACUUUCUCUUUUCUGCUACUUAUUUCAAGAACUAAUGUAAACACUAUGGAGAGAGUUAAAAACUCUCAAUGCAGUUUUUGAAAAAAACAAAACACUAAAUGCUUACAGUUUGAGAUUUGACCCCUCCUUGUGAAAAAAAAGAUGACUAGCAAGUCAGUUUCAAAAGGAAUGUAAUAAUAAGAGGAUGAGGAAAAAAAAGAAGAAAAUUUGCGACAGAGGCAAGUGCAAUUGAAUUGUUUUUUUGAAGGGAAGCUAUCAGUCUGACUGCCCUAAGACUCUAAAGGAAGGGGGAUAGUUAUUAAAUGUUUAACAAUUUGAUUUCAGUCACAUAUCCAUCUCUUCGCAUGAGUAAAAAGCGUGAAAGGCAGUUUGAAGGCAAGCGUAAAGCUACCUGAGCAGCAGAAAAAAAAAAAAAAAAACAGCACUUAAUCUGAUCUGAGCACUUCCCAUCUUGAUGGGCAUUUAUUUUUUCUUAAUCAAUCUAAAACAAGUCAAAAAAAGAACACGCACAGAGUGUGCGGAAAAGAGGCAUUUAGUUUCAAUUAAAAAGCAUUUGGCCAUCAGCUUAUAAAGCUUAUGUGUACAGUUAUUAUCCAUGCAAAUGUACUGUAAUCUUCAUGGAUAAAGCUACAGCUUGUGCAAGGUAUACUCUAAAGUGAAAGAGGCUAAAAACUGAAAUUAUGAAUCCAGGUGGCAUAUCCCCGAAAUCAAGAUCUCUGCAUGGCAAUCCCACAGCUGUGUCCCCUCCAGUCCAGACACAUGAAACCCCCAUACACAUGCACACACACACACACACACACACGAGAAAAGAAAAAUCUCUCCAAUACUCCUAAUUUUGCACGAAGACCUAUAGUCCACAUUACGUGCCUUGCCUUUGAAUAUAGAGACAUCACUACAGUUGUUUUUGCUGCAUUUAUCAUUAUAGAGAGAGAAAAAGAAAAUUAAAAUUUUUAUGAUAAGAAUUGUUUUGUACUUUGAAUGAAACUGUUGAUUUUUAACUUCAUGUACUACUCUAUCUCACAGUUACAUUGCAUAUCAAGGCUGUGUAUAGUUGCCGUUUUUCAGUUUGUAAUCUACCAGCAUUUUUUUGCAGUAUUUUUGUGGUUUUUUUCCGAAUAACCUUUCAUCCUUUGUUUUCUUCCAUUUUCAAUGCUCAUUUCAUUCAUCUUCUCGUUACUAUUGUGGAGGGUGGAAUUCAGAAAUAUGAAAAUUAUGCAAUACCAAGUUUUGCCUAUGUAGGUAGUGCUUAUAGAUGUGUCAAUUAUUAGAGGCUAGUUUGGAGAUAGAAAAUAUGGUAAUGCAUUUAUUUUGUUGAUAUUGUCCGUCGCUGUUGCUGUUGAUGAUGUUGUUGUUGUUGUGGGUGAUUUCCCUUUCUUUUUUUUUCUUUCUUUUUUAAUUGACCAAAGUGGGGACUGCUUUCUAUGCAGUGUAAGGCAAGGUCAGAUUUUUUUUCUUUUCUUCCAGCAUUUACCGAAUGACAGUGAGACAUUUUCUGUGUGAUAUAUUUUUCUUUUUUGGAAAAGGGUGAAGAUUUUCUAGAUGUAUAACAAAAUUUAAAUGCAUCAUUUAGGUCUUAUUACGGCUGCAAAGUCACUAUUUAGUCUACUGUGAGCAAGCAUGACUCCGUUACCCUAAUCAAGGUUUUUAAGUUAUCUUUAAAAAAAAAAAAACAAAAUCAGUAAAAUUGUUUUAAAGGUUUAAGUUUUUUUUUUUUUUUAACAAUAAACAUAGAAGUCAGCAGUUUAUCUCCUGGUGUAAGAAGUGAAGAAAGGCACGGCACUACUAGCUAAAUAUGAAUAACAUAGUCACAAAAUGGUAACUGAUGUCGAACCUUGUGACUUUUAUUAAAUUUAAACCUUGAAGCAAGAAAUAACGAGUGAUUAACCAGCUAAUAUUAGCUUUUAAUACUUCAAGUUUGGUUUUAAGAAGAACAAACUGAAAAAAAAAAAGAAUUAUCAGUAAUAUUCUGUCCGUUAAACACUUAACAAUGGAUAUAACUACCACUAAAAUUAGAAGGUACUUUCUCUGAAUUAUUACUUCAGUUUAUUAUGUAGAAAAAUAAUGCAAAAUAGAUUUGUAGCCAGUUAGAUAAAGGCUGCAACUUUUUCUAUUGUAUAUGAGGAGGAGAAAGUCAGCUUUUAAAUAUAAAAAUAUUUGGACAGUCAUUUAAAAGAACAUUUAGCGUGCAAAUUUAUCUUAUAAUUCUAGUCUUUUUUUUUCUUUUUUACACUAUAAUUGGAAAGCUAAUAGCAGUCACUCAUCAUUUUUAUACAGAAAGACAUUAUAAAAUGUUCUCUAUUACAGUUAUUUACUUGUGAACUACAUUUUUAUCAGUAUUUCUAAAUUUUCCUCAAAUUUAAAUUUUUUUUUUUUUUACUAAACUCAUUGCCAGCCCAAACCUAAUCAUGACUCUCUCUCUCAAGUAUACACCUGGGGUGUUAGCAUGUUACCUAUGAAAAGGAGCUCAUUAUAUUUCACAGGAGAGACGGCUUGACUUGAGCGCGACAAUCAUUUAAGGAGACCAUUUUUAUUCCUGUAGAUAACCGGGCAGACUUAGAUCCCAGAGGGCUUCGGCCCCACGCCCUCUGUGUUUUUUUUCUUAUUUUGGGAGACGCCAGCCGCACGCAAUUUCCGGAAAGAUGCCUUAACGAACACAUCAGUAAAGUGGCCUGUGACCUGCGCAACAAUCACACACCGACUAAUGCUAGUGAGACCUGUCCAAAUCAGUUCCAGACAGGCUCAGGCAAGCCUUUAGAGAGUAUUUUAUACCUAGUAGAUUUGUAUAAAUGUAUAUAAAUGAUGUGCACACAUACUCCCCUUGCAGAACCAGUAAAAGUGUGUUAAUACAAUUAUCGGAUUAGAAAAGAAUGUUGUUAUAAUUGCCGACUUAGUAAAAUCCAUUAGAUAAGAAAAUAUUUAUAGCACUUAAAUAUAGCACAUAGGCAAUCAUCUUCUCCCCAGUGCAGUGUUCAGAAGUCUCAAUCUAAUUCUCAGGCAUAUUACAGGGCAUUAUAUAUAUAUCAAUCAUACCAUCGUUAAUGUAGAAAUUAGAGUUUUUCUCUUAGAGAAACAGCACCUCUUUUGCACUCUUUCCCUACAAUCGUGAAAGAAAUAUUCCCUUUUUCGGAGGGGGGGUGGGUUUCCCCAAGCUCCCUCCAGUGUCAGCAGUUGCAAAAUGAUCCUCAAGUCAAGCUCAAGCUCUUCGUCUUCACCCCGAUUUGUUGCAUAGGCGAAAAAAUUAUUUUAUUUUUUACAAAGUCUCCGUGUACGCUGUUCUGUCUUGUUUGUUUUUAUUUACAAAAAAAAAAAAAGUGCUUUGCAGCCUUCAGCCAUCAGUGACCCACUGAAGUGCAUUGUCCCCAAGUGUGAUUGUUUGUGUGCUGUGUGUGUGUGAGCCGGGAAACCUGUCAGUGUUCAGUAAAAAUGGGAGACUGUACAUAAAGGGAAAUAUCCUGAUCAUGUUGCAAGCUGUAGUCCAGUGGGGUUAAACUCUGCUUUUGCAGCUGAAGUGUGCAUGCAAUUGGACGUUGUGCGAUUGACUGCUUCUGACAUUACAGAACAAGAGAAGAUGAGGGUGUUUUUGGUAAAAAAAACAACAAAAAAAAUUCUUUAAAGAUCCUGCCAUUGGACAGGUGUUUGUACACUGUAAACUUUGUGGGGAGAUCUUCUCUGAAGGUCUUGUUUGUAAAUCUUCAUUUCUGGGGGGAAAAAACAAGUCAAUUCCAUUUUAGGAAAAUAAAUAAUUAGUAUUUUAGUUUUUUUUAUUUUAUUUUAGAUGCUGGAUUUGAGUUAGAACUCUCCAGAUUACCCCAAAUAGCAAACUCUAAAAGUGUUUUCAUCAUGUUUGAAUUCCUGUAUGUAAAAAAAAAAAAACAAAAAAACAAAAAAAAGAAUAAAUGUGGUGGGUUUGGAGAGGUGGGAGAUCCGAAAGAAUAAAGAACAACAAUGAAGGUUUUUUUUUAUUAUUAUUAUUGCCGUUAUUAAUGUUAUUAUUUCUCAUUAUUCCUAGUGCUUAGAUAUUACGAUUUUUUGCGGGAAAAAACUCCUUGAAUAUUUGAAUUGUAAGUUCAUUAGCGUGGCCAUAGUAAGUGUGAUGUGAUGUUUCUCAGAAAUAGUCAUUUGUUUCUUUCCUCCAUCCUGUCUUUUUAUUUCUCAGUUUAGUUAACUUUGUUUUUUUUCUUCUCAAUAUUAAUGUAAAUUCUUGUCCAACAAGCUAGUGGUGUGAAUAUUCAUUGUAGCAGCUGGAAGGUGAUGCCACAGAAACCAGUAAAAAGCGAACCAAAAAAAAAAAAGAAGAAAAUGCUAGCAGCUGGUCAUUUCAUCCCUUUUGCCAUUUUGGUUGUUUUGAACCUUAGUUUAAUGGGGAAAAAUCUCAAGAACAUAAAGUGUCAGUUUCUUUUCACCUAACACCUUUUUAGUUUUAUACCCAUAUAAAGUUAAUCAAAAGCCUGAGCCAGUGAUAUAGCAAACUAGUUAAAGUUAAAAGCAGAGACACACACGGUAAACUCUCAGGGAUUAGUAAUCUAACCCUUGGCAGUUUAAACCACAUGACUUCAAAGUGAAAAAUAUGGCGUUAUUUUAAUUUAUGUAUUGAUAAGCAGCUCUCAGUCAGAGUAAGUGCAAAAAUAUUAUUGCGAAUUUAGCAGUUAUUCCCCCCCAUUUUCAAGACUAUUCCUCUGUGUUUAAAAUGUUUAGUUUACAGGUAUUAAAUGGUGGCAAGAAGGAACACAAUUGUGAUGUAUGUGAAAAAAUAAGGGUAUAAAGUGUGAAACUGACAUACAUUUUUUUAUUUUUCGGAGAUUCAUUGUUGAAAAUAAAAAAACCAGAACAUCCAGUUGUAGUUGGCUACAAAAGGACCAAAACUGCAAAAGUAGGAGUUAAAAUGCCAGUGCUCUAAUUUAAUCUAAUUGGCCAAUUUGUUGUUGAAUGAAAUAGAUCUUCCUUAUGAGAAACUUCUAAAAGAUCGCCAUUUCCACAGCUUACAUGUUGCACUUUUCAGAUGCUUGAUGUAGUAUAGUGAAACUCUCCUUUUAUGCUACAAACUUUAUUCAGAUUAAAGGUGCUUCACUUUGAGGGUACUUUUCUUUUCCAGCUGACAUCUUUUUUUUUUUUAGGUUAAAUGUCAAAAAUGUAUUGAAACUUUAUAAAUUUGUAAACAGUGUUCAAUCUAUCUGCAGCAUCAUGUCUCUAUUGUUAUUUUUGAUUUUUUUUUUUUUUCAAAGUAUUUCUACUCAUAAUAGAGGAACAGGGCAACCAUAUGCAAGGAGGACCUGUGGCACUCAUGCAAUAUCUGUGGUUUUAUUUUGUUUUAUAUCGUGAGUUCUGAAGGGACUGGGAGGCGUGCAGGCAUAAGGUAAACUUCACUUUCAUCCCACUCAAGCAAUACACAUCUUCCAUAUUCUUUGGCUAGCUGCUAGUCAAUCAACGUCAGGUUAUAAAGCAAACAGGAAAACCAGCAUUUGUACAUGAUGCAACUCUCACCAAACAGACGAGAAGAUAGUGAUGCAUUGCCUGUUUGGAGCUGUGUCCGUUGUACAUAAUGGUAGAAUGUGAUAGACUUACUUUGCGUCACCCAGAGGAUAACGUGGCGCUAACGCAUCUGGAAAUGUGCUUCUCCUUACAUACCCUUAUGGAUUUUGUUUUUGCUUCGUGAUGUAUACAUAUUUGAAUUAUGCCAGCACACAUGUCCACUUCAAACUUGUUUGGAAUUUUUAAAAUGAUUGUUCUUUUCUGAGAAUCGGAGCAAAGAGAGUCAGUGCUUCAUAAUGUGCAGUGAAAGGAUGAAGUAAUAUAUUUUCUUUCCUCUGCAGAGCUCUUUUGUUUUUUUGUUUUUUUUAUGGAAGGUGGGUAACUGGGGUCUUGUGGCACUUUCUCUUCACUCUGCACACAUUUCACUCUGAGGAACUAUGUUGGAUUUGUACGUAAUGAACAACAACAACACCACCAACAAAACAGUAUGUAAGCAGUCUCCAGUAGUGAUCGUAGUUACACUGCAAGUGUGUUCAAGGUCUAUGUAUGUAUCUGAAUGUAUGUUUUAGAGGAUUUUUUGGAAACCUGUAUUUUUUUUUUUUUUAUUUGAUCUUUUUAAUUUACAGUUUAGGAGCCACAGGUGUCCAUUGUGAACUGUAUAGCGAAGGCCUUGAUAUCCCUUCUUUUUAUUGAUUUUUAGUAAUGCGAAGCAUUUAGGCAAUGCCUUCAAGCUGGUUACAUUUGAUGCAGGGGCUGAAAUUGCCACAAGAUUAAAAUCAGUGUAAAUAAAGGCUCAACUUUUUGUGAUUGUUACUGUUAUAUCCAGCCUAUACUGCUAGCAGCUGUUUUUACUGCAGUCAAUUACUGGAAGUGGAUAUAUUUCCUAUGCAAAACUGUUUAAACAAUAAAAUGAGCUAUGCUACAAAAAUGACU